GCAACACGUCACAUACAAACAACAGGUCAAGGAGGAAGGUGCAGUUCGCGUAUGAACCGCAAUGUCUGUCAUGAUGGUGCAGGUGGAUGUGAUGUGCUGUAAAUCAGUAGGAACUGAUCUGUCUAUGCUGGAUAUUGAUGAUUUGAUGACAGAAAUCUGUCAGCUGAAGAAAGAGGUGAAGUUACUGGAGACAAAACUCAGAGAGAGAGACCAACUCAACAGAAAGGAUGUCUGUGGUGUUUCUCUCUGUGACUUCACUAAUCAAACGUCUCCAGAUCUUCCACUUUCUGUCUGUAAUGAAGAGCAGAAGACAUCAGUGAAGCUGCUGGACUGUGAGAUGGAGCUGAAGACACAAAUCACAGAAGCAGAAGUACAGACAGAAAAAGAUCUCAUGAAGGUGAAAACAGAAAUGACAGAAUCAGGACAACAAACAGAUGGAUGUGAUAUGAUGUAUCCAGACCUGAUGGAGGUGAAGGAGGAAAGAUUGGAACCAAAUGAAAUAGAGGAACACCAUCAAUUCUUCCCUAUAGGAGAAUCUCUGGGUAGCUGGGAGGUUGCGAAGAAUUUCUCCUUAAAAAACUCUGGGAGAGCAGCAGACAAAGAUUCACGUGCCUGCCCUCAGUGUGGAAAGAGCUUCACUCGUAAAUCUGAUCUUAAUAAGCACAUAAGAAGUCACACUGGAGAACGGCCUUACGCAUGUGAGCAGUGUGGAAUGACCUACAUUCAUAAACACCACCUCAACAGGCACAUACAAAUGCACAUCGGAGAAAGAUCUUUUAAAUGUGACCAGUGUGGAAAGACCUUUGUUCGUAAAGACAACCUUAAUGUGCACAAGGAAGUUCAUACAAAGCCUUACAGGUGUGACCUGUGUGGAAAGUGCUUCUUGUAUCAACACAUCCUUCAGGCUCACAUGAGACGUCACCCAGGAGAGAAAGCUUUCAACUGCACCUCAUGUGGACAGAGUUUUAAACAAUCAAAACAUCUUGAGACUCACAGGAAGAAGUGCUGGAAAGUUCAUCCACAUGAAACUGUUCAGAUCAGAAGAUCCCUGAGAGUUACAAGUGACGGAAUUUGUCUUUGACUUUAACUGAAUGUUUAUUUUCAAGCGAUGCUAAUUCUUAAUGUUUUUUUGAGGAAAGUUAAUAUUUUAUCAAUUUUUUUUUUUUAUAAGUGGGCUCCUGGCGAGGGCUACUUGUUUGGCAACCGAAUGUGAGGUUUUGUGAUCUUGUAAAGUAGAAGCGUUUGUUCUUACUGAUGGUCAAAGGCCCCGUUUACACUUGCAGGUCUUGAUGCUCAAUUCUGUUCGCGCAUGCAUGAACGCAGCCUGAGCCAAGAAUACUAUCUAGCCAUGAUGGACGAACACAAAAUGUGCUUGAUGUUAGCUCCGAGACAAGUUCACCAAACAUUAAUAUGAUUUUGAGGCAAAUGAGGAAAAGAGACAUCAUUGCAGUCUGCGCAUAUGCUUUGAUUGUUUUAGAAAAUUGUUUAAUGUCUUUCAUUUUACCGCAUCCACACGUUCUUCCUCCUGAUCAUAUCUUAUAAAACUGCAGACAAGUGCCAAAUGGUUGCUGUUUUAAUGACGUACAGACCGCAAUGCCUCAGAAAAUCCGAUCUGCCUGUUUUUGACAGUCACAUUGACACAGACAGUAUCUGAUUUAUAUCUGAUCUAUUUCCACGUAUGAAUAAGGCCUGUAAAUGAUCUCGAAAUAUCCAAAUGUAUGCCUUUUUCUCCAGUUUACACUAUGGUGGGUCAAAUCCGAUCUGUGUCACAUUGGAGAAAAAAAUCGGAAUUGGGUCACAUUUAACUGGCAGUGUAAACGGGGCCACAAAGUUUUGAGGAGAUACAGCUCAUCUGAUUCACAGUCUGAAAUCAAACCUGUUAUAACACAAUGAGGCACUUUAAGGAUUUUCCACUUUGCCAGGUGAGUGGAUCCAAAUAUUUAAAUAUUAAAGGUUUAAUUUGAGGCAUUUAGAAGCAAGUGAACUGGAUUUUCAUAAAUUGAGAUGUUUAUGAAUUAAGUCAAAAUCUGUAUUACUUGAGAAAAGUACUUGGGUUUAAAUGUUUGUGUGUGUGUGUGUUCCUUGAUCACUUGACAUAUGAUGGCUGGACUUUUUUGUAAAUAAAAAAAACGCAUCUUA